CCUUUCGAACGGAGGACCGAAAGGACAGCACGUGCGCCCGUCUUGCGUGGCUCGUCGUUGGUGAUCCCUUUUCGUCAUGUGACCGAGGAGGCGCUCCUUCCCCUUUUCUCCCGGUCUUUCUAUCGAUCCUCCACGCCUCCCCUCCUCUCGCAUCUCCGCCGGCGGGCGCGGAGGGUCACGUGGCUUGGAGUCCUUGGACUCGCCGGGCCGGCUUCGGGUUGGGGCUGGUCCAAGGCCAAGGCUGGGCGGAGAGGCGAAGGAGGGCGCUGGGCUUUUGCGUUGCGGGGCAGUGACGGCGAGAUGGCGGCGGCGGGGGGUCCUGGGAGCUCGCGGGAGUCGGAGCCCCCACCGCGGAGAACGGGCACUAGUUCGGAUCAGAUCCUUCAGACAGGAACAGUGCUCCUCAAGGGCUUUAUCAGGGACCGGAUACAAAGCAGUGGAGACUCGGAACGUAUUGAGGCAGCAAUGGCAGAGCUCGGAGGCUCCGAGGCUCAGAACUGUGAUCCCGACACCAAGCGCCUCAGUGAGUGCCUGCGCCGGAUUGGAGAUGAGCUUGACGGAAACAUGGAACUGCAAAGCAUGAUAGAGCAAGUGCAGAUGUAUCCCCCUAAGGAGGUUUUUUUCCGAGUGGCUGCUGAGAUGUUCUCUGACGGGACCUGGAACUGGGGUCGGGUGGUGGCUUUGUUCUACUUCGCAUGCAAGUUAGUCUUGAAGGCAAUUUGCACUAAAUUACCAGAGCUCAUAAGGACUAUCAUCAGCUGGACCAUGGAGUACAUCCAGAAUUACGUCCUGGCCUGGAUUCAAGCCCAGGGCGGAUGGGAAGGGCUCCUGUCCUACUUCGGCACCCCCACUUGGCAAACCAUUGCUGUCUUUGCUGCCGGUGUUUUGACUGCCUCGUUGACCUUCUGGAAAAUGUCUUAAUCCUCAGCCCCCUCCAGAGAGGGGGGGACGCUUUCAUUUUAUUGGGAACAAAAUCGGGGGGCAGGCUCCCCCAGUAUUCCUGAACAAGGAUAAAAAUGUGCUAGAAUACUUUUUUCAGCCCUGGGCUGGGGAGUUUUUUUCUGAUACUCUUUGUCAUGGUGCCUUUUUUUAGUAAAAAGAAAAGUGCACACUCUUUUUUUCAGCAAGUGCAUGCUCCUCAGCAUUGAUUUUCCCCAUCUGUGCCUCGGGGAUUAGAGGUUAGAGGACACAAAAUUUUUCAAGGCCUUUUCUAAGAAGGGUAGAGGAAAACAAGAUGAAGGAUAUGAGGAUCUUGUUCCUGUUUGCUGGAAGGUAUUUUAGUACUGCGGAAUUUAUAUAUGGUUUGCUGGAUGAAGACUCCUUCCCCACCAAUAGCUGGGCAUUUGAUCCAGUGUUCUCCAUUUAGAUGGAUUCAAACGUAUUCAUCUCCCUCUUUGUUCCUUUCUGUUUGUCUCUCUCCCUCCCCCUGUCUUGGAAUGACAUAUUGCCAAACGCAAAUUCUGAAGAUCUCCAAAAAUACAGAGCCAGAAUUCCUCAGGAGAAAACCAAGCAUGCUUCCCUGCCCAGCUUCAUGUCUUCUUUUGUCUGAGCAGGAGAUAUGAAUUUGGGUGUUGGGUGGCAAAUCCUUUGGUUUGAUUUCUUUUUUGCUCGAAGCAGAGGACAAGUCUGGGCGCUGCUGAAGGGAUGAAUUCAGGCAGAACUUCUGCAAUGAAGGGGUGGUGGUCUUGUGUGUUGUGUUUUGCUUUUGUUUUUAAAGAAACUGCAGAACUGUAAAUUGGGAAAUUCAGGGCCAUGAUUUACUUCCAGAUAAAUUGUCCAGAGAGCAAAAGGUGCUCUUACCCAGACUGAUCACCUGUUCGAGGUGGGAAAAUGUAGAUAAUGUCUUUAUGAAGGCAGCAGCGCUUCAGACAAAAUAGGAGAAAUGGCAAGAGGGUGCGAAGAGUUGAAAAGUUCCUCAGCCAUGUGAAGAAUUCAUCUGCUUUUUGUUUUGUGCCCCGAUGGAACAGAAUCUUCCAGCUGCCUUGACAGUUUUGGUGGUUUAAGAACUGGGGAAGAACAGUGUGUUUGGUUUCUUCAGCUGUGGAGGCUCUUCAGCUCACUGGAUUUUGACUUUUUCCUGGAUGAAUGAUUCUCCAAGGGGAUCUUUAGACUCUUUGGCUCAGCCAAGAUAAUAAUAAUAAAUUCUGUCAAAUCCAGUGCCCCAAACCAUGUGAUGGAAGAUAGUCGGGUCACUUGGUUCUCUCAAAAAAAGGGCUCCCAUCUGUUUUUAUCUUUCUUUUGCCCUUCACCUCAGUCAUAAAGUAUUCUGACUGCCAAAUGCAGAACUCAGACACCUGAAGCAUGCAUGUUUCUGCAUGCUGGAUACAGAAUCUGCAGUCUGAAAUAGGCAUGUAUCUACACAGGCCCUACACCUUAGAAGUGUAUGGCUUUGCUUUUCUACCAACCGAUGCUUGAAAACCUUUCCUUAUUUGAAGGAACUCUCAUUCCUGGCUUGUAACCUCUCACGUGCUAUCAGCUUCCUUGUUUCUGUCUCCUCCAGUACUUCCAUCUGAUGCUGACGAUCUGAAUGCAUUAAUUUUUAAAAAAUUGUUUUUGCUGCUCCUGUGCCUUCCUUGGUGUUUCAGAGCAGGGAUCUGCUGUCUGUUGCGAUUGUGGGGAGACUGAGGUGGCAGAUUUGUUUUAAGGAACAGUGGCAGAAGCUGAGGCCCAGUUGGCAGGCUGGAAUAGUUUAGCCUCUCCUACAACUGAAAUCGACACUGUACUAAAUCAUCAUUUUAUAAGGCUAGGACCAUGGGCUGUCCAACCUGACAACAAAAUGUUGUCCCAAAUUCUGCAAAGAGAUGAAAUCUGUCGGGGCAGGGGGGGGGGUAAAGAAACAGUGAUGAGCUUCGGAAGAAUAGGGGAAGAAACAUAGCUAGGAAAAAUUAAUUUGUGGACCAUGGUGGGGGUUCUGGAAGCUGUAGUCCAAAAUUAACUUCAGUUGUAGUCCAAAAAGUAACUUUUCUAAAGUCUAGAAAGAAGUUGUUGAGAACAGGGCUCUACUAGUUGUCAAGGCAUAGCACCUGGAAUGUGUGGCCUUUAGAUGUUAACAGAUUUCAGGCUCCAUCAGACCGACCUAGCAUAACCAAGCAGAGGGCUGAUGGGAGUUGUAGUCCAGCAACAUCUGGAGGAUCACAUGUUCCCAGUUCUUGUCUCCUGCCAAAUUUACUGAUAACAGCUGAAAACCUUUCACUUGGCAGCAGCCAUGCCAGGGCAGGCUUUAACACUUGAACCACCCAAAGUUUCCUUUACAACUGUGAAUGCCCCUUCAUCCAGACAAACUGGUUCAGUCAUGUAUGGUAUGAAUCUGUAAGUACAAAACCGUGAGACUGAAAAUAGAGAUUUAGGGCAGAAGAUCCAGGAGGAAUAAUUUCAGUCAAUAUAUUGGGGAGUAUUUUUUACCUCAGGGUUUGGGUUAGAAUGGGAGUAUGGUGUCAUCGAGGCUUAGGAAAAGCAGGAAAAUGACAGUUGUUUGAAACAGGCAUAAAAAAACAGCAGAUGUGUUGACAGGCUGGGAAUGUUUGGCUUUUCCUUCAUCAAAGUCUUUUUUUCUUAAUACAAUAAAUAUUGAUAAUGUCUUGAGAUUGUGAAGUUUUAAAAAAAAUCUGGGAGUGACAGUUUACUGAGCCAGACGCAGGGGGCUCUCCCAGUAGCAUUAAGGUAUCUCGGGUUUUUCAGUACUUUUUAUACUUCAAACUGUGAUUUUAUUUUAUCUCCCACCCACCCCAUUUGAAGAUUCCUGGCUUUGGGGUGUGUGGUGUGAUUGCUUGAAAUAGCCAUGAUCUGAGGGGAAGUUUCCUUAGGUCAUUCACAGAAAACGGGGGGGUCAUCUCUUUCAAGCAGAUUCCAUGAAUGCCAUGGAUUUUGUGGCAGGGCGGCUGGGUGGCCUUGGAACAGUUAACCACUAGGCUGUUAACUGUGGGGUUACUUCCACAUUUGUGUUUGCAUCCAUGUGGCUCUGGAUUUGCCCCUUUUAUAUGGUCAUCUAGGUGGACGUCCUUGUUUUUGCUUCCUUUAGCGUCCACCCGGCAACAGCCAGCAGUCUCUCCCACAGACCACUUUUUCUGGGUGGUGCGUAUGUGUGUGUGUGUGUGUGAGAGAGAGAGAGAGAGAGAGAGACCAAACUUUUCUCCACCAGCAUCUUCAGUUGCUCUCUUCUCACUGUGCCUGUUUGGGCAAGGGCCGAAAGGGCGGUGGUGGUGGUGAGUAGUUCUUGAAAUGUGGUCUUGGGGUGCCCAUGUAUGCCAGCCUUCCCAUAGAAGUGGAAGGGGUGCCGAACAUAUCAAUGGCUUUGCUAGAAUGACACAUUCUCCAAAAUGCAGGUGCCCAAAGAAUGCUAAUCUAAUAAUAAUUACCCACCACCCUAUUUUUGCCUUAUCUCCUUCCUCUCUCAGCCAUCAUGCAGGAAAGCUGCAGCUGACUAGUGAUUUGAUCCCUGGAAGGGGAACAGCCUUUCAGCAAAGGCUCUUUACAGGUUUAGGAGUGGUCAUUAGGAGCAGUAUAUUGACAGCACUGCUUAGCAACCCUGACUAUAUACAUCAAGAGGGUUGCUUAGCAGCCACUUUGUCCAUUUUUUUCCCUUCAGACUGACUUGGGCAUUUAGCCACGGUCAAUAAUGCUUAGGAGAGGGUGUAAGAAAUAAUUGGAUACUUUAAAGCUGGAGGGGGCAAAAUGUGGCCCUCCAGAUCUUUUGGACUGCACCUCCCAGCCGACCUAGCCAGCAUAGCCGGUGAUGAGGAAUGCUGGGAAUUGAAGUCCAUCAACCUCACAAGGGCUGCACAUGGCCUGCUCCUGGUUUAAAAAGAAUCUGUAUGGACAAUCUGAAUAAGUUAAUAACAGGGGCUCAAAAUUGUAUCACCAGACUUACCUAGUAGAGUACUACUGUAUAUUUUAACAAGAUACUGUUUUACGAGCAAAUAAACUAGUAGCAAGCCACAGUCCUGAUACACACAAUCAGCGGUGUUGAGCACCAGCCGUAAAAGGGUAUAACAAGCACCAAUCACUCUGGCUGUAUUUGAGGACAGCUGUCCUAGUGGGGACAUUCAUUCAUAUCUGGCUGUUCUAUGCAAAUGUCACCCCACUCCUUUUGUGGUAGUUCCUAUGGGUUUGUUUGUUUUUUUGAAAAAUGAAACCUACCUUUCCAUUUUAUAAUUUUUUUAAACAGAAAAAAAAAAGGUUUGAUACAUCUUUAUGAACGGUUUUAAUUGUUUAACUAUGCUGUUAAACUUUUGUCUGGUUGUUUUUGUUGAUGUGUGGAAAUAAAUGAGUUCACAAGAUCUGGA